GCGCAUGCGCCUCGCUGCUCCAGGAGUGUUGUUUCGGCCUGUUCCGCGGCCGCUCGGUCAUUUUCGCCUCUUUGUUGUACUGAUAGUGGAUUUAACUCGGAUUCAACCCAAUAUCCAGCGGACCGUGCUGCUCCCAAACAGGCUCCGAUGAGAGGCUCUUCAUGAUGAGGAGCUAACACUGACGGCCGCACAACCGCAGGAAGAGACGUGGCCGCUGCACCAUCCACAGUCGACGCAUGGCGGUAUUAGGGAACCCCGACAUGCUGACGAGGAAGAUAAAGCUGUGUCACAUCAAUGCCCACAUCACAUGUCGUCUGUGUGAUGGCUACCUGAUUGACGCCACCACUGUCACCGAGUGCUUACACACCUUCUGUAGAAGCUGCCUAGUGAAGUAUCUGGAGGAAAACAACACGUGCCCCACGUGUAGGAUUGUUAUUCAUCAGAGCCAUCCACUGCAGUAUAUCGGCCAUGACAGAACAAUGCAAGACAUUGUCUACAAGUUGGUACCGGGACUUCAAGAGGCGGAGAUAAAGAAGCAGCGGGAGUUCUAUCAGAAGUUGGGGAUGGAGGUGCCUGGAGACAUUAAAGGAGAGCUGUGCAACAUGAAGACUCAUCUAGAUCAACGCAAUGGCGACGCAAAAUCAGAGGAGACAGCCAAUAAGGAGGCAGGAGAGGAGAAACCAGAAGAGGACAAUGACUAUCACCGUAGCGACGAGCAGGUCAGCAUCUGCUUGGAGUGCAACAGCAGCAAGCUCCGAGGCCUGAAGCGCAAGUGGAUCCGCUGUUCAGCACAAGCCACAGUCCUCCACCUCAAGAAGUUCAUCGCCAAAAAGCUUAACCUGACAUCAUUUAAUGAGCUGGACAUUUUAUGCAACGAGGAAAUCUUGGGAAAGGACCACACUUUGAAAUUUGUUGUUGUGACAAGAUGGAGAUUUAAGAAAUCCCCCCUCCUGCUCCAUUACAGACCCAAGAUGGAUCUGCUGUAGCUAAAACGGACACAACGGUUGUUUUUCUUUUUUUGGGGGCCCAGUGGCCGCGGACUGUGCCGAAACCUUUUUAUUUAUGCAAAGACGAUCAACCAACACCAAGCAAACACCCGACGGUAACAGUCAACACAAGCCAGCAAAUCGGGAUCUAAAGACGGGGGAGGGGGGGGCAACUACAACAAAAACUGGCAACCUCCAGCACAGAUACUGCGACACUGGUGUGUUUUUAGGAACUAAAACAACCAUUUUUUUGUCCGCUACAUCCUAGAUAUGUGAACAAAACAAAAAAGAAAAAAAAAAAAAAAACUAAUGGAGAGAAAGCAUAUAUUUAUACUUUUGUACAGAAGAGACACAUGGAACCAAGACACUACUGGUGCUCUGUUUACAAACAAGAUGUCGGGAAUCACGUCUUUUUGAGCUUCAUGCAGAUUUCAUCCUCCCGAGACAAUGACUGAGAGCAGAGGAGGACGUUUUUUUUUUUUAUAUAUAAAAAGGUGUUUUGUUUUUUUUCUUCAACAAUACACUCGACACGUCUUGGGAGCACAGAAAGUAUAUGGAAAAAGUUAUAUAACAACAGGCAUCAAUUUUAAGCUGUUUAUCAAGUAAAUUGUCUCUGAAUCUUUUUUUUUUUAUUUUCAUUUUGUUGGCUUUGUCUAAUUUGCUAUUGGGUUCUUGAUUGUCAAUUGUGAAUAGGCUAAAAAAUUUUGUGUAGUAAUUUAUGUUCUAUAUACCAAUAUUGUACAUAAAAUGUCAUUACAGAGAGAGAGAGACUGAAGAGAGUAAGAGAGACUUUAGACUGUUAAAAAAAGAGAGUGGAUCCCAGAAGUGCUAUCUAUAUGUUGGGCGAUAAGUGUCCGGAGGCGAUAAAUUAGGAUUUUUAAAGACAGACUCACUAUCAGUAUCAAAUAUAUAGAUGCAUCUUUAUGUUGUCUGAGCAAGACACAAAACGAAUAUAUCAAAUCCUCUGCCAUUUGUGUGUACGUGGGGUCUGAGUAUGUUACAUUGCAUUACAUGACUUUAAGAAGAAAGCUUCCCCCGCCUCCCCAUGCUCCUCAUCUCACCUGCCUUCCAUGGAAUACAGUCAUAUUUGUCUUUUUUCGUUUGUUUUUGUUUGUUGGACAUCAUUUUGAACCAAUUCUGUCUUAACAAUAAUGCUACACAAAACACUCACGUUCAAAAAAUGCCUGCGAGACAUAAAAAUGCAAUAUCUGGGCAAAGAACUUGUUCAUGUUUAUAGAUUUUAAUCUCACACCAUGCAGUCCUUAAUAUCCAUCCUCGUGUGUUUGCAGUCUUUCAGCAGCACCAGGCGGGCAAGUACUGAUACACCCACAUGUUUACAGCUUUGAGUUGAGCUGCGAGCAGCAGAUGUUGUUUGCACCCUGCACCCUGCAUACCAUGCAUUUUCCUCUGCUACAUUUUCACUGCAGAGCCAACCCAAACACCAGAACAUAGUGUUGGCACUGUGCAUACACGCAAAUCGAGGAUACAUUGCAUUUUCACGUUAUUAUGUAAAGUUACAUUUCAUCAACGCUGGGAUUAAUGUGUGGAUAGGUUUAGGCACCAAAACCUCUUGGUUAUGGUUAGGGAAAGAUCAUGUCUUAGGUAAUAUCUGGUUUUGGGGGCACAAACCAAACGGAAAACACAGCAAUGUCUUCGUGGCACUAUUUCUGCUGGAAAAACAGUGACGGUUGCUAAAAACACCACAACUGGGUGCUUUAAAGCCACUGGAAAAAGGGCCAAGAGCUACUAAAAAACAAUCACAUUUGAGGCUUAAAAAGCUGCAGGAAACACAGUGACUGGUCCCCAAAAACACCCAUGGUUGGAGGCUAAGAAUCUGCAACAAGCACAGCAUUGGUUCCUUAAAAAGCGCCAAUGUUUGGGGGCUAAAAAGCUGUUGGUAAAACGGCCUUCUGUCGCUAAAAACACCUUUGUUUGGGGGUUUAAGAGCUGCAGGAAACACAACAACAGAUCCCUAAACAACACCUACGUCUGGGGGCUAAAAAUCUGCAGGACACCUAACAAUUGUUCCCUAAAGCACCCAUGUUUGGGGGCUGAAAUACGUUGGAAAAACAGCCUUGGGUCCUUAAAAUACACCUUAGUUUGGGGGCUACAAAGCUGCUGGAAACACAGCAAUUACUUGCUAAAAAACAACUGGUUCAGUAGUCUGCAGCUCAGCAGGCAUUGCACCUAGGUGACAUGCCCUCCACCUUUUGAUGACAAAGUCAGCUCAUAUAUUUCAUCAACACUUGUGUGUGGUUAGGUUUAGGCACCAAAACCACUUGGUUAUGGGUUAGGGAAAGAUCAUGUUUUGGCUUAGAAUAUCCGGUUGUUUUUACCAAGACAUCACUGUGUUUCCAGUGGGAAACAUUGUGCCCCCAAAACCGAUUUUUCAUGGCACAAACCCUGCUGGAAAAACAGUGACAGGUCAUUAAAAAACACUCAACUGGGGGCUAUAAAGCAGCAUGACAAAGAGCCAAGAGUUGCUUAAAAUCAAUGACACUUGGGGGCUAAAAAGCUGCAGGAAACACCAGUGGUUCCCAAAAAAGUAUCCAUGUGUUAGGGCUAAAAAGCCACUGGAAAAAACAGCCUUGGGAUGCUAAGAACACCCACGUUUGGAGGCUAAAAAUCUGCAGGACACACAGCAAUUGCUGCCUGAAACACCCACAUUUAGGAUGAUAAAGUCAGCUUAUACGUCACUUUAGAAACAUUGAUAUGAUACGUAUGAAACAUGUAAAUGCAAUGUAUUCGUGGUUUGCAGAAACGUACAAUGUCAACGUUUUCCUCUGGUGACUGGGCCGGCAAAACUCUGUCAAAGCUGCAACACAAUAGAUUUUUCUAACUUGUAAAUUACGCACCAGUCUCGCUUGUCUUAACAGCCUCAAUGACAAAGUGAGGCUGUAACAGAGUUGAGCAUCUUACGCUAACUCUGACGUUAAGUUUGGACAUUUUCUCGCCCACAGGAAGUGAAUUUGAAAGUUAAGAGCAAAGUAUGGUAAACUGCGACUUUUCUCUUCAGAGCUGGACUUCCUUGGUAUGAAGCAUCACAGACGGGCCAGUGUGAUAGACAUGAGUGCAGAGUAUUGACGUCACAUCGUUGUGUUUAUGGGGUAUUUUUCAGUUACUUCUCACUGCCAGUUGGAGUUGCAGACGUGCACAUUUGCACUGCGUUUAAGAAGAUUUCUGAAAGUCAAGUGGAUAAUGUUUCUGUCACAAAAUCCGUACAAAACUUGGAUUUUUUUUUGCAGCCAGUGUUCAAUAUUGUCGACUUCACAAAAUGACACAAAUUUACGAGUAUUUUUGAGAAAUGACUCGCAAAUUCAGGUUUCGCACAGGGAGGGUUUUUGAGCAUUUUGAUAAUGAAAUUCUGAAUAAAAAUGACUACUGUUUGGUCAUUUGGUGCUUAUAAUUGUAUGUUUCUAACCCUGAGGAGGAUUGUUCCUCGGGAACGUGCUGUUCUUUAACCAUGUGACACAGCAAACCGAUGUUCUGUUCAACCACAAAAUGUCUUUACUCACAACAUUCAAACUGCUAAACUGUCUUUAACGUUACAACGACUGGAUCCCUGAACGCCAUGUCAGACCUCAAGUAGUAUUACCUCACUGACCUGUCUGUAACUAAACAAUUAUUCACCCUUGCAUUGUAUCUGCCCACUACAAGCUGUUUUAUCAUGAGCAGGGUUCCUAUGCAUAAGAAUGCUCCAGAAGUCUGAAAAAAUAGUCAUUUGACAACUUUUGAGAUUGGAUAACAAGUCUGACACGUGUAAAACACAGACGUUUAUUGGAAAUUCUCUUAUCAUUGCCAGUAUUGUGCUAUGUUUGGAAAUGGAGACUUGUAUAGGAACCCUGCCUCGUAAGGACCUAUAUGACGUGUGUAUUAAAUAGACGUUUUUAUAGCCUACAGGUCUGUACCUAACCAGCUCAACCAAAACUCCUCCUGCAGUCUGUGAUAUCAUCUCUGCCUGUUUGAGGUUUCCUCUUAUGGUAACCUUUGUGUGUAAUCCAGCCACCUGUCUAAAGAGUUCAUUGUUUUUGGUUUAAAUUCAUGGCAAGUGUGUUUAAUAUGCACCAGGUGCUUGGACCCCAGUGUACCUCCUGCCUGCAGGUCGAGGUGAAAAUCUGAUUACAGAAAUGUAAUUUGCAGCACAAAAAUCCUGCAUUUGCAAUUUCUCCCCAUUUUUCUCUUCCCUUCUUAUUUCUGUAAUUAUCUUGUGAUCAUUGUGAAUGCACUCCUGCAGCAGCUAACAACUUUUUAAUGAACUAAGGCAGACAAAAAAAAUCAGAAUUUGGUGUUUAAAAAAAAAGAAAUUAUGCUGAUCAACUCUUAAAAUGAUUAAAAACCAAGAACAAUGAGCCCUACCAGCUUGUCAGCUCCUGGAAGACUACUGUGUUCGAACUUGCAAACCCCCACAACAAUAAUGUACUAAUGUGCUAUUAUGUCUUUGUAAGUGCAGACUUGGUGUUUAAAGGCUUAUACGCAGGUUAUUCAUAGGAAUAAGGCAAAUGUCAGUAAAUUUAAAGACGUUCUGAGGCUGACGUCACAGUGAUCUGGUUUUACGUUGGUGAAAAUGCGGUUUGACUCUGAUAUCAGCCACUACAAACUUCAGCUUCUGCUCUUCGCCUCAUCAUGUUCACGUGUCGUCACCUCGUGGCUCUGCAGUCUGUUGAUGAUGAAAUCUCUUCAGUGUACAUAAGCUUUUUCCUCAGGUGAUUAAGCUGUAAAACACCCAACACAAGGUGCUACGAUAACGGUGACUACAAACGCAAACAAAUGUUAUCAACACUUACAUUUCUGUAUUAUGCAGAGCACUGCAUACACUGUGUUGUACUGAUUAGAAGGACUGGCAUUGAAACAAAGGUUACAUCUGUACGUGUGUUCAUUUUUUUUUUCUUUACACUGAGGUGGUUGCGUUCACACUGCUGCACUUUCGGGUUUCCCCCUCACGUCAGAUUAUUCCUCAUUGCUGUUAAGAGGAAAAUGUUGUGUAGUCCUUCUCUUUAUUCUGAAAUCCACAAAUAUAUCGAAUUAAAGUCCAGCUGAUGACAAACGUAUGAAUAUUUUACCAAAAUGGUGAUUGUGACAAAACAGUUGCACAAGCGAAAACAAAGCUUUCUCAUCAGAACUCGUCAAACACCUACAAUUUUGUGCAAGGUAUCUUCCUGCGUCUGAUUUUUACGUUCUUGGAUGGCGAGUCAAUUUACACUUGUUGCAUGUAUCGUGUCUUUUCAAAGUACACUUCCGUUUUCACAGGGAAUGCACAGUUUCUGCUCGGUACAUGUAUAGUCUUUAAAAAUAAAACGUACAAUGCAUCUAAAAACAGCUCGAUUUAACAUUUAUUUCCUUAAGUUUAGGCAACAAAAGCACAUGGUUAGGUUCAGAAAACGAACAUGAUUUGGCUUAAAAUAAGUUGUUAGUCGUAGCGUGCUGCACAUACUAGCACGCUGUGUUCUUAUUAAAAUAACUUGACACUGGAAACAAACAGCAGCUGGGUGAAACUCUGGUGUCGGAGUCAUAUCACAUCAUAACAAUGGCGUACAACACUUUUUGCAUUUGCCUAAAGGCUCAAUUGGUGGCACACUAUUAAAGAACAUGGGGGAUGGUUAAUUCGUUUUGAUGAGGCAUCUGCAGCCGGCCUUGGGUUGGAGUAUUUUUGUACGAAAGCUAAAGAUAUGAGGCAGAAUAACAAUUCUGUAAUUAUUAAAAAAGUCUGUAAUAAAAGACCAAAACAAAUGCUUACUAUUGGCAAACACUAAUAAAUAUUGGCUGCCAUCCAGUUAAGUGCACCUAAAAGUUCUUCAGGCCAUACAGGCUAAAAAGAGCUCACCCAAAGAACACCUGAGCAGAAACCAUCCCUUUAUUUCGAGCGCUGUCUGCUGUAACCCUCCAGCAUCGCAGCAGUGACACCCCAUAGCUUUCAUGGUGGGCGGUUUCACACCUGUAAUCUUGGUUUGAAUCAAACUGAGAAGUCCAGACUGAACAAUAUAGGUAUCAAAGAGCUCUAAGAAUCCAUCAGCUCUGCAGGACUGAUUACUACCUGCGACUUUUCUGUCACCACCAGAGUGAAAGUAAAAUGUCUUUUCACAUCCGCCCUUUUAUUCUCGUACUAUCACACAGCGGACACAAACACACAAAAACCUGAUGUGAUCCAACCCAAAGAGCCGCAGUGUGAACGAAGCCUUUCACUUUGUCCGUGUUGAUUUUAAGAGUAUUGUUCCAAGAACCCUGUGAUCUGUGUGACGGAUGAGGAACCUGAUGGAAAGGGCGAUGCCACAGUGACGGUCAGAUCUCUGGUGCUUCCUUUGGUGCUAACGACUCCUCGUUCAAACUUCAGACUAAGACAGCAAAGCACUGUGUCGCUCCCGUCGCCUUUUUUUUCUCCCCCACACGUCUUUGCUCUGAACUCGUCCGUGCUCGAGUCCUUGGGUGUCUUUUCUUGUCAGAGCUGUCUCGCUGUGCAGAUUCAGAAGGUGCUGGCUUCAUCCCUGCCUCUCCCACCCCACCACCCACCCCCCUUUGUCAUUGAUUUGUUGGGUUUGGUUUCCCCACUUGUCUGGGCUUGCUCUGGAAAACAAACAGAGGGGAUUUUAACAAGUCAGACUGUGACGGGGCUGAUGCUGUGAAAAAUAAGAAAACUGGUGAGAAAUCGGGUGUGCUAGCUGCAAUUUCCUGCCUCUAAGAGAAACUCACACUUAUUAUAGGCUGCGCUGGUGAGGUGUUUGCACCUCCCAAAGUCAGAUUGAGACUUGACGAAAAAUAAAGAAUCACAUAAAGGUGAUUUUGUUCUUUUGAGCCUCUCAUCACCAGAGUGUGUGCAUACUGCAUCUUCAACCUCCUGCGCAGCAGAGAGAAGAGACGCUUUUUUAUCUGCACCAACAUUAAGACAUCAGCGCAGCUACGCUUGACUGCCAAACUGAGAGGCUUACAGGCGGCUCGACUCCGCCUCGCUGCAGAUUGGGGUCGGUAUCGGCUGGUGAGGCCGUGAUCUGUCAGUUCUCGGCCUCAUCUUCCCUGCUUUGACCUUGAACACCUGUCAGCCCGUUCGUUAGCCCCUGCCAAGAUCUGUGCGAGGCUCAGGGGUGAGCUGUGUGAAAUGUUGAUUGGAGGCGCAGCUUCACGCGGACUGUCAGCACCAGUACAUCGUAGUGCACACCACCAAGUAAACAAUUUAUUCUUCUUUGUGCACAGACCCUGAACACGUCCAUGUCUCAGAAGCUUGUGCUCUAAAGGCAGCAACAUUCAUUUCAAGCUUGUUGGCAGCAGAAUCAUUCCUGGCAACUUAAAAUGGCUCUUCUAUGCUCGCUCCGCUGUAAUAAGUAUCCACUCUGGGAGUGUGAUAGCUUUCUUUGUUGCCCAGCUCACACUCUCCCUUAUUUCUGAGUCCUCUGUAAAGCUCAGUAAUCUCACAGGCAGGCUUUGUGCGUGGCAGAGAAGGAGACCUCGAGGGUCACUCAGAUGGCCACAUGGACUAACACACACUCCAAAAAAACAUAUAUUAUUGUCUGGCCGGGGCGGCACUGCACUGCAGCGUUGCAGCUGAUGCCACCUCUAAAAGGCUGCUGGGCUCUGAAAAGCAGCUUGCUCAAGUGCACUGAAUCACGUCGCCGCGGGUGGUGCAGUUUGAGAGCAAAUGACUGGUUAAAUUAUGGAUUGUUACGCCACUUCAGGAUCGUGACUGUUGCUUUAAGAGAUUGUUCACUGGUGGCAGGAUCAGCAGAGUCCUUUUUCAAAGACACACUGGUUGAAAACGACUCCUCCUGUGUGUUCGACUGAUAAAGGUUGUUUCAGUAAUCGAUUACCAAACCUCACAGUGGCGUGCCCCCAUGAGCCAUAGCAGAUGUCAUCAGUUAAUCUGUCCAGUUUUUUUUUUUUUUUUUAUUAAUGUUAUUUAUUUAUGCUGAAAAAGUGACUUCUGCAGUAGAAUUUCUGAUGUGAGAUUUGCUCAUUUUUUGCUCAAAAGAAAAUUGUAUUUCUCUCCUGUUUUUUUGCUGAACCGAUACAGAGCUCAUAAAAUGGCUUAAAUUAUGAAUUUCAAAUUGAAUUCCCUUUUUUGUAUUAUUCCAAGUGUGUUAAUGUCUCCGCAAUGCUCCGUCUGUGUAUAACAACACAUAGGUGUCUUCUUUUUUAGGUCAAGCGCAAAAAAAAAAGAAAAGGACAAAAAAAGAAAUGUGAAUCUGGCAAUGUGGUUAUUGUUAUUGCAAGGAAGAUGUGCAAUAUACGGUUCUCAGAUGGUUCCAGGUUUCGGCGUAGAACUCCAAUAGUUGACUUUGUUUUUUCAUUUUUCCAGUCAGUUCCUCAGGUCACUAAAUGCCUUCUGGUCCUGAGGGUGACCAGGAAAUCUCAGAACAUACACUAAUGCACCCGAAAUACAAAACGACUGGAUUUUAUUUUAGUCUUGUCUCUCUCUCUUUUCUUUCCUCCCCGUUUUGUUUUCUGUGACAAUUUUCUCCUUUGUUUUUAUUUUCAGGUUAACCCAGGCACUUAUUCAGGUGUCCUUUUCCUUGCCUCCUUUUGUAUUAUUGUUAUUUAUUGCACAUGUAAUGAACUGGUUUCCAUUGCCACAUUGAAUUCAAGGAGUUUUGGGUCUAGAAUGGGGCUGGAAUUUCUUACGUACAAAACUACAGAAGCUUUUGUCAAAACCUAAGUGUGUAUUUCAUCAAUAAAUGCCUUUAAAAGUCA